CCUUCUUAUCUGGUCUCUGCCUUCCCUCCCUCGCGUGUUCUUGUUGUCGUUCCGUCACCAACAGAAGAGAAGCUUAAACGAGAGAGAGAGAAAGAGAAUGGAGGCGACGGAGGUGAACAGGAUCGGGAGCAUGAGAAGGAAUAGUUCGAUUUGGAGAAGGGGCAACGAGAGCAUCUUCUCCGCGUCGUCACGGGAGGAGGACGACGAGGAGGCCCUCAAAUGGGCGGCCCUGGAGAAGCUGCCUACCUUCGACCGCCUGCGACGUGGCAUCUUGGCGCUCCCCGAGGGAAGUCAACGCCUGCAGGAGGUCGACGUCCAGCAGCUCGGUUUCCGGGAGAGGAAGGCCCUCCUCGAGCGCCUCGUCCGCGUCACCGACGAGGACAACGAGCGUUUCUUGCUCAAGCUCAAGGACCGGGUCGACCGAGUUGGGAUCGAUCUGCCCACCAUUGAAGUGCGGUUCGAGCACCUCAACAUCCAAGCAGAGGCCCAUGUCGGCAGCAGAGGACUGCCUACCAUUCUCAAUUCCGCUCUUAACACGCUGGAGAGCAUCGCGAAUUACUUGCAUAUACUACCGAGUAGGAAGAGGCCUUUGUCCAUCCUUCAUGAUGUCAGUGGAAUCAUCAAACCUCGCAGGAUGACUUUGCUCUUAGGCCCUCCUGGAUCCGGCAAAACUACGCUGUUGUUGGCUUUGGCUGGAAAACUGAGCUCCGAUCUCAAGGCCACCGGAAAAACGACCUACAACGGCCACGAAAUGAACGAAUUUGUGCCGCAGCGAACAGCGGCAUAUAUCAGCCAGCAUGACCUUCACAUCGGGGAGAUGACAGUCCGGGAAACGCUAGCUUUCUCAGCGAGGUGCCAAGGAGUUGGUACUCGUUAUGAGAUGUUGACUGAGCUAGCAAGGAGAGAAAAGGAAGCAAACAUCAAGCCAGAUCCUGACAUAGAUGUCUUCAUGAAGGCAGCAUCCAUGGGAGGACAAGAAUCCAAUCUGAUCACGGAUUAUGUACUUAAGAUCCUAGGACUGGAAGUCUGUUCUGACACCAUGGUAGGGGAUGAAAUGUUGAGAGGUAUCUCUGGUGGACAAAAGAAGCGUGUCACAACAGGUGAAAUGCUUGUUGGACCUGCAAGAGCCCUAUUCAUGGACGAGAUAUCAACUGGUCUGGACAGCUCAACAACUUUCCAGAUAGUAAACUCACUCAGGCAGUCAGUUCACAUUCUUGGUGGAACGGCUGUUAUUUCCCUUCUGCAGCCUGCGCCAGAGACUUAUGAACUUUUCGACGACAUUAUUCUUCUAUCUGAUGGCCAGGUUGUGUAUCAAGGCCCUCGCGAAAAUGUGCUCGAGUUCUUCGAGUCUAUGGGCUUCAAGUGCCCAGAGAGGAAGGGUGUUGCGGACUUCCUGCAAGAAGUAACUUCGAGGAAGGAUCAGCAACAGUACUGGACACGCCAUGAUGAACCUUAUAGAUAUGUGCCCGUAAGAGAAUUUGCCGACGCAUUUCAGUCAUUCCAUGUUGGUCGGGCUAUAGGAGAUGAACUUUCUGUCCCAUAUGAUAAGAGCAAGAGCCAUCCUGCUGCUCUUACAACUUCUAGAUAUGGGGUCAGCAAGAAGGAACUAUUGAAGGCUAACAUUGACAGAGAACUGUUGCUGAUGAAGAGGAACUCAUUUGUCUACAUCUUCAAGGCUACUCAACUCACCAUCAUGGCGCUCAUUGCAAUGACCGUCUUCCUACGUACUAAUAUGCACCGGGACUCUGUCACUGAGGGGGGCUUAUACAUGGGUGCCCUCUUCUUUGGAGUAGUCAUGGUCAUGUUUAACGGUUUCUCUGAAACUGCCAUGACCAUUUUAAAACUUCCUGUUUUCUUCAAGCAAAGAGAUCUCCUUUUCUAUCCUGCAUGGUCAUAUGCAAUACCAUCAUGGAUUCUUAAAAUUCCAAUUUCAUUCGCUGAAGUUGCAGUGUGGGUUUUCACAACUUAUUAUGUCAUUGGGUUUGAUCCAAAUGUUGGAAGGCUGUUUAAGCAAUACAUGCUGCUGCUGCUGAUAAAUCAGAUGGCAUCUUCACUCUUCCGUUUCAUUGGGGCAGUAGGUAGGAACAUGAUAGUUGCAAAUACCUUUGGAUCUUUCGCACUUCUCAUCCUUCUUGUUCUGGGUGGCUUCAUUCUUUCACGAGAUCAAGUGAAGAAAUGGUGGAUUUGGGGAUACUGGAUCUCACCCCUGAUGUACGCACAGAAUUCCAUAUCAGUAAAUGAAUUUUUAGGUCACAGCUGGCAACAUAGUCUUCCAAAUUCAAGUGAGCCACUGGGAGUGUCAGUCUUGAAGUCACGAGGAGUCUUUCCUGAAGCAAAAUGGUAUUGGAUUGGAUUUGGGGCAUUGAUUGGUUAUAUAUUGCUGUUCAAUGCUCUUUUCUCUGUGGCUCUUACUUAUCUCAAACCAUUUGGUAAGUCCCAGCCACCUGUAUCUGAAGAGUCGUUGAAGGAAAAACAUGCCAAUCUGACUGGAGAAGUGUCUGAGCAAUCAUCCAGAGGGAGGAACUCUGUUGAUCAUUCUCAAUCCAAGAGUAAGGCCUAUCAACAUGUUAGUCUUAUGCUGCAUUUUCCUGGACAAUCUCAUCAUGUUGAAGCUUUAUCUGCAGAAGGUGCUGAUGGAUUGAGGAGGGAUGGUACCUCAUCAGGUUCCAUGAAUGUGGCUAUUGAUCAGAACAAAAAGGGAAUGGUCCUUCCAUUCACUCCACUAUCCAUUACCUUUGACAAUAUACGAUACUCUGUGGACAUGCCACAGGAAAUGAAAGAUCAAGGUGUGGUUGAAGACCGUUUGGAACUCCUGAAGGGGAUAAGUGGAUCUUUCAGGCCAGGGGUGCUUACAGCUCUAAUGGGUGUAAGUGGAGCUGGUAAAACAACACUGAUGGACGUAUUGGCUGGGAGAAAAACGGGUGGAUACAUAGAAGGAAACAUUACAAUAUCUGGCUACCCCAAGAAGCAGGAGACUUUUGCUCGUGUAUCAGGCUACUGUGAGCAGAAUGAUAUCCACUCUCCUCACGUGACAGUCUAUGAGUCUCUCGUCUAUUCUGCAUGGCUUCGGUUGCCUGCUGAGGUCAACUCUGCAACAAGGAAGAUGUUCGUUGAUGAGGUCAUGGAGCUUGUAGAGCUGACACCACUGAGGGAUGCACUCGUUGGAUUGCCAGGAGUAAAUGGGCUAUCGACCGAGCAACGAAAGAGACUGACCAUUGCUGUGGAGCUUGUUGCUAACCCAUCUAUCAUAUUCAUGGAUGAACCAACAUCUGGACUUGACGCAAGGGCUGCGGCCAUCGUUAUGAGAACUGUGAGGAACACAGUGGACACCGGGAGGACUGUGGUGUGUACUAUUCACCAGCCUAGCAUUGACAUUUUUGAAGCGUUUGAUGAGCUCUUCCUAAUGAAGCGAGGUGGAGAAGAGAUAUAUGUCGGUCCACUCGGUCACAAUUCUUGCCAUCUGAUAAAUUAUUUUGAGGGUAUCAAUGGUGUCAGUAAGAUAAAAGAUGGAUAUAACCCUGCAACAUGGAUGUUGGAAGUGAGUUCACAGGCACAAGAAGACAUUCUGGGGGUGAACUUCAGUGAAAUAUACAAGAAUUCUGAGCUUUAUCAGAGAAACAAGGAUUUGAUAAAGGAACUAAGUACACCUCCUCCCGGAUCAAGUGACCUUUACUUCCCAACCCAGUAUUCUCAAUCUAUCCUUGUACAAUGCAUGGCGUGCCUAUGGAAACAGCACUUGUCAUACUGGCGGAAUCCUCCAUACACUGCAGUGAGGUUUUUCUUCACAUUGAUCAUCGCUUUGCUGUUUGGAACUAUUUUCUGGGACCUUGGAACCAAAAGGGACACAAAACAAGACUUGUUGAAUGCAAUGGGUUCAAUGUAUGCUGCUGUCUUAUUCAUUGGGGUACAAAACUCUUCAUCUGUUCAGCCAGUUGUGGCAAUUGAACGUACUGUCUUCUACAGGGAGAGAGCUGCUGGAAUGUAUUCAGCUGUGCCAUACGCGUUCGGACAAGUUGCAAUUGAAAUUCCCUAUAUAUUGGUCCAGGCGUUGUUAUAUGGUGUGAUUGUGUAUGCAAUGAUCGGAUUUGAAUGGACUGCUGCUAAAUUCUUCUGGUACAUGUUCUUCAUGUACUUCACACUCCUCUACUUCACAUUUUACGGGAUGAUGGCAGUCGGUUUGACUCCCAACUACAACAUCGCGUCAAUUGUCUCUGCCGCCUUCUAUGCCAUAUGGAACCUUUUCUCUGGGUUCAUUAUUCCAAGACCUAGAAUCCCGGUGUGGUGGAGAUGGUAUUACUGGAUAUGCCCCGUGGCCUGGACCUUGUAUGGAUUGGUUGCUUCACAGUUUGGUGAUAUACAGACUCGAUUUGCUUCCGACGAGUCCGGUGAGCCUGGUGAGAUUGUGGCCGAUUUUGUGAGGAACUAUUUUGGAUUCAAACAUAGCUUCUUGGGGGUGGUUGCCGUGGUAGUGGUCGCAUUCCCGGUGCUUUUCGCUUUCCUCUUCGCCUUUUCGAUAAAGACACUCAACUUCCAAAAGAGAUGAAGAUGGAUCAGGAGAGAGAACAAAAACCUGCUUUCUCAAUCAAACCAAAUUAUUUGUCGGUGUGGUGUGUGAUGAUUCAGGAGGAUAAAACUACAGCCUUACUCAAAACCUGCACAUUUGCAUCACAAUUCGACUAUUUGCCUUUUGUACUUGCGAGAUAUUCGUUCUUGUGUUAUGAAAUUUUCUUUUUUUCUUUCACGAAAAAUGUAAAACAUAUUGAAUUUAUUAUUUGUUUAUGUAGUGAAUAUGGCUUACUAAUGAAAAAAAGUCAUGUUAUGACUUUGUGAGUUGAUUUACCAUAAA